AUGUUGCUACCUAGCUCAAACUAUAUCCAGGGGCUUUGCGACAUGCAUAAAGGCACGAGGCAAGGCAAAAUGAGUGGAAUACAACGCGAGGCCGUGACAAUCUACGGCACGACUCAUAGUUCUUGCGUUGUCAAUCUCGCAUUGGUAUUAUACUCAUAUUGGGCUGGCACGCUUCAUACUCAAUCUUACCGACCUAUGCGACUAUUCGGACUCACCGCUUAUUCGUCUUACUAUGGGAAAACGCAUAUAAUCACUGAUCACGAACGAGUCAUUGCUUGUUUUCAAAAGCCAGCAAACAAGCAAAAGAAGCGUCGUGUGACGUUCAUCGUUACUGGUCUGAGGAUGGGGGAUGGUAUUGUGUUACUCUCUCCAAAUCCAGGAAUCUAG